GCUUAUAUAGUUGGGGAAGGGUCUGGGUCCCCCGUCUGGUGCCUGCAGCCGCCUGUCAGCACGCGUGCGGAGGGCGAGGAGCGGCGGGGCUCUGUCUAUCUCUGUCUCUCUGUCUCUCUGUCUCUCUCUCCGUCUCUCCCUAGGAUUUAUGGACUUUACUUUCUAGAGGGCGGCGCGGCAAGGAUGAGAGUCCAGCUGGUGUGCGUGGUGCUGCUGGCCCUGGCCUCCUGCAGCCUCUGCUCAGAUUCAGAAGAGGAAAUGAAAGCAUUAGAAGCAGAUUUAUUGACCAAUAUGUACACAUCAAAGAUUAACAGAGCAAAACUUCCUUACUGGAAAAUGACCCUGCUAAAUGUCUGCAAUCUUGUCAACAACAUAAACAACCAAAUGGGGGAAACAGUAGAGGUAGAUGAGGAGGAUCUGGUUCCAGGAAGACAAUUCCCUGCAGCUCUGGAUGGCUUCAGCUUGGAAGCAAUGUUGACAGUAUAUCAGCUCCAAAAAGUUUGCCACAGCAGAGCCUUUCAGCAUUGGGAGUUACUUCAGCAAGAUGCUUUUGAUCUAGAGAACUCAAGCCAAGAAAAAGAAAUAAUGAAGAGAAAAAAUCCCUAUAUUCUGAAACGGCAGCUACAUGUGAACAAAGCUAGAAGGCCAUACAUACUCAAGAGAAGUUCAUAUUACUGAUGCAGCAGAAGAAAACAAUGUAUAUUUAGUUCAUAGGUAACUGUGCAUUAUGGUUAUCUUAUCUAAAUCUAAAAUCAUACUUGUGUGAAAAUAUACUCUGGAAAAUCAAGAUGAUAACAUAGCUGUGUCUUUUUUGCAAUUGCUGUUUCUUGAUUGUGAAUUUUUCCUACUUGAGAUUAAUUGGACUAAUACAUUUGCAAAUAAAACUAGUUUUUAAGCAUGA